GUUCUUCUUUGGCUAAUGUCGAUCUAUAAAGCCCUAUGGUUGCGACGGCUUUGAGCUGCACCUCGGCUCUGUUGCCAAGGUCCGCUGCUUGUCCCAGAGGACCCAGAGAUUGGAUAAAGGCAUUGUUCCAAGAUCCUCCUUUCACGCAUAAGUAAUAUGUUCAAUUUUAAUACAACCCAUCCCACGACGAAGACUUUAAGCUGACACAGUUCAGUUGUUCACAAAUGAUGAUAAGAGAUGAUUUCGGACUGUGAUGAAGAGAGAAUCAGGAAUUCCUCUCACCGACAGGAAAAAUCGUCUCGGGUCGUACUUUAUUCGGCUCACUUUAAUUCGUAAUGGCUGAAACGAACCAUUAUACAGUGCCGGUAGGUACUCGUCAUUCGUUUAGCAUUGAGCUAGAAUGUCUUGUUGCUUACGUUCCAACCGGGGGCAGAGAUCCAGAUGAAUUCACAACUCAAGGUCUACCCCCUUUAUUACUAGUCGAUUUUAGCAAUGAAGUUGAAGAAACAGCGGUUCUAGCCCAUAUACUCAAUACUUUCAACAGCCACGGAAUUCCCGUCAUAAGUCAACCGAGCGAGCCAACACAGUCCUCAGCUGAUGAUAUCGAUCCUUCAAACUGGAUAGUUGCUGCCGCGAGUAGUACGAAUGAGUACUUCCUAGAAGGUUACUUCUGGCAGUUCCUCAAGAUUCGCAGCCCAGUAAUGUGGUCCCAAGAGGCAGCAUUCGAACGGAUCCAGUUCGUUGUCAACCUUUUGACAUCCACUUACCGCCUUCGCGUUAACCCCACGUGCAACUUCGGCGUUCAUGUCGGGGACGGUACGAGACUGUUCACAGCGGCUACGAUCAAGAGAAUAGGGGCUUUUCUCUGGGCCGCAGACCCGAUUUUCUCCCGCCUCCAUGCACCCUGGCGAAGGUACCACGACACCAGUCGGAGUAUCCGUCUCGAUAGUGCCCUUGCCCGCGGUACAACGGCUGAACAGGUUUCAAAGAAGUGGGAAGGUGAGUUUCACGAGGAAUAUGACCCCAUACCAGUGACCGAAUUUUCCAAUACCUCCCGAGAGGAGACCGAGUACGGCGGCAAGGAAGGAUGGGCAGAAUUCGCGCGGUGGCGUAACGAGGCUGGUCCGUUUAUAAAAUUAGGCGAGGACAUUGACGAAGCCGAUAGAAAUGGUGGUAUCAGUGACGAUAAUGAUGGGAACGAUAGUAGUAACAACGAUACUAUCAAUGGUGGUAGCAAUGAGAGCAGUAGUGAUGAUGAUGACGAUGAUGACGAAUGGCAGUCUGAAUCUUCCGACGAAAAUGCCGCAGCAGAACCUCGUUUACCAUCGCCCCGGGGUGUAUUGGAAAAAUGGCAGAGAGCGCUUGAAGAAGAUCGACAAAUUCCUGUCCCACCCGACCCAAAUACCCUACAUCGAAAUAUAGGAUGGGUAGCCUGGGACUCGCUUCAGGAUGAAAGGGUGUACGGGUGGCUUUGCCAGUAUUGCCAUGACAACUAUGGACACACGAAACUCUAUAAACUCCCGGCCAAAGAACAGAUUACUCUCAUGCUUAGGGCUCAAUGUGCUAUCUUUUACGGACACGCGGACAUUCGAUUGUUGGACGCCGAUCAAGAAUACGAAAUCUUGGUUGCUGCUUCGCAAUAUAUCGCGGCCGGGCGCAGCUCUUGGGAUUGGAAUGCUGAAACUGAAAGGUGGAAUCUCGCAUGGCGACGGGUCGGCAACAUUCUCAGACACCCGGCUGCCCACCGGGAAAUCAAGAUCGAUGCACCAAGCAUCGUCCAAAACUUUGAGAACCUAGCUAAGCUUACCGAUUUUCACAACGAAGAUAACGAGCUAGGCAUCGAGUAUGUUAGCCCGCAGGACUACGACGAGGCUGCGCUAACGAACAAAGGUAUCGAAAAGAUGCUCCACGACCUGAAAUCCUACGCCCAGCCCCCGGAUCCUAACUUCAUGGCUAAUCUAGCAGAUCCGCAGCAAGAAGGAUGGUCAGACGACGGGAGAUCGACGCAUAGUUCUGAUGGUUCUUCUUAUGUUAUGUCGAAGACAGAAGAGCAAAUAACCGAACGUCUCCCAAAAGAUUUCGACUACGAACUAUGGGCGAUGUUAUUAAUUGAGAUCCAGGACGCUUGUAGAGUUAAGGGGCUGCGGAGCGAACAUUCAUCCGAUACCUCCUGGCCUGUUUCUUUCCCUUCGGUUGAAACCGCUCCUCUUUGGCUCUCGAAUACUUCGCCAUCCACCCGUGCCCAAAAAAUCGCGGAUAUAUGGACAUAUAUUGAAGGAGUCGAAACCGCGACACCCCGACCCGAAACCCCGAUGCCCAAAACCCGAGAACCCAAGCUCCGGCCCCACAAUCCAGAUGACCUCGGAACCUCCUACAAGGCCUCGAUCAACAAACUCGUUCCCAUCGCCGAGGAAGAAUGGGACCGCGCAGGAUACCCAGCACCCUCGAACAACCCUCACUCCGACCCCAACAUCACAGCAGAACAAGGCAUCGCCGAGCUCUCCUCCUGCGACGCGGCGGCCACCGCAGCAGAGCUCCUAAGCCACCCCGGACCACCUCUCAACUACGACUUCGCGCCGUACACCCUGAGCUCGCUCAACUCGAACCAGAACCAGAACCAGAACCAGCAGCAGCAGCACGGCGCCACCGUCACCCACCGCAGUAUCUCCUUCCGCGAAGCGGCCGGCUCGCUAGACGCGAAGUGGAUCACGACCUGGAUCCGGAUAUGCGUGGGCGUCGUCGGCUGGGCGCGGCGCGCCAGCGCGGACGAGUACGUGCGGAUCCUGGACCGGGUCACGGCGCAGGGGCAGCGCGAGCUGAGGAGGGCCGGGGCCGGGCCCGGAUACCCGGGCGAGGAGCGCGAUGAGGCGGAACGGUAUGAUGUGUGCAUGCUGCUCGAGGACCUCGGGCUGUUUGCUGAGGCGGCUUGGGUUUGGAGACGGGAGCAAGAGAGGGGGCCUCCUAGGUGAGGGGAGGUGAAGUGGGUUGAAGUUUUUACUUUUAGGGAUUGGGUGGGUGGAUAGGUAGGUAAGGUUGGUGUUUGAGGUAGGUUGCUUUAGGAUCUUUUUGGCUGUUAAUUUUAUAAGAAUUAUAUGAAUCAC